CAAAACUAUAUAAAGCUGAAGUUGCAGGAGAGAAAUAGAGAAACAGAGAAUGAGUGGAGCACAGAAGGUGGUGGUGAGCGUCACCGGAGCAUCCGGUUACAUUGCUUCAUGGCUGGUCAAACUGUUGCUGCAACGUGGCUACACUGUCAAGGCCUCUGUUCGUGACCCAAAUGACAAGAAGAAAACAGAACACUUGCUUGCAUUGGAUGGAGCCAAGGAAAGGCUUCAAUUGUUCAAAGCAGACCUACUUGAAGAAGGAUCUUUUGAUUCCUUAGUUGAUGGUAGUGUAGCUGUUUUUCAUACCGCAUCCCCAUUUUAUCACAAUCCCAAUGAUCCACAGGUAGAACUAAUUGACCCUGCCUUGAAGGGAACGCUUAAUGUCCUCAGAUCAUGUGUUAAGGUUCCGUCUAUCAAGAGGGUGGUUAUAACUUCCUCUAUGGCAGCAGUCGCAUUCAAUGGGAAACCUGUCGCUCCUGAUGUAAUAAUUGAUGAAUCUUGGUUUUCAGAUCCAGCUUUCUGUGAACAAUCAAAGGCUUGGUAUAUGCUUUCAAAGACAUUAGCUGAGGAAGCUGCUUGGAAGUUUGCAAAAGAGAAAGGAAUUGAUAUUGUUACAAUAAAUCCGGGAUUGGUGAUUGGCCCUCUCUUACAGCCAACUCUCAACACAAGUGUGGAGCCAAUCCUGAAACUCAUAAAUGGUACUUGGGCUGAAAAAUUUCCAAACACAACUUACAGAUUUGUUGAUGUUAGAGAUGUUGCCAAUGCACAUAUUCUAGCUUUUGAGAAUCCUUCAGCUAGUGGACGCUAUUGUUUAGUUGGAAGUGUAACACACUGUUCAGAGAUUGUAAAAAUUCUGCGUCAUAUCUUCCCUGCUCUCAGUCUUCCAGAAAAGCCUGCAGAUGACAAACCUUUCACACCAACUUACCAGGUAUCCAAGGAAAGAGCACAAACUUUGGGUGUAAAGUAUACUCCGCUAGAAGUGACUCUAAAGGAUAAUGUUGAAAGUUUGAAGGAGAAGAACUUCUUCUAAUUAUGGGACUCGUUCCCGAUUCAGGAAACAGUUAAAGAUUGAUAGUGUAUGUGUACGUCUACCUUUGAGGUUUUAUUGUGAGAUCAUUGCCUUGUCAAACAUAUAUCUUAAAAAUGUUACUUGCUCAUAAGCGUACCAUAAUGGUACUUUGUAUCCUAUGCCAAAAACUUAAACUAUGAGUACUAGAAGUAUGGUAAAGUUUCUCUGGAAAAA